AUGGCCUUUGAAUGUCAGUGGAGAGAUUAUGAAAGAAAUUACAAAGGAGUGCCCAUGACCCUAAAAGAAAGUCUCACUGGUAGAAGAGGUCACUAUGUUAGAAAGCAUGCAGGAAAAAUGCUUAAUAAGACUCAGCUUGGGUUUAGCUUUCAGUCACACCUGCCUGAGCUGCAGCUGUCUCAGUCUGAAUGGAAAGUUUAUGAAUGUAAUCAAAUUGAGAAGUCUAUGAAAAAGGGUUUUUCAGUUUCACCAGUUCAAGGAAUUUGUUCCAAUGUCAAAGCUCUCAUUUCUAAAAAAUAUGGGAAUGACUUUAUUUAUUCUUCAUCACUCACACAAGGACAAAAAGCAAACACUUGGGAAAAACCUUACACGUGUAAUGAAUGUGGCAAGGAUUUCAGUCGUCUUUCACACCUUGUAAGUCAUCAGGUAAUCCACACUGAAGAAAAACCUUAUAAAUGUCAUGAAUGUGGCAAGUUCUUCAGUUAUCCUUCAAGCCUUACAAAUCAUCAGAGAGUUCAUACUGGAGAGAAACCUUACAAGUGUAAUGAAUGUGGCAAAGUCUUCACUCAAAAUUCAAAUCUUGCAAUGCAUUGGAGAAUUCAUACUGGAGAGAAACCUUACAAGUGUAAUGAGUGUGGCAAAGCCUUUUGUACACAUUCAAAGCUAACUACCCAUUGGGUAAUCCAUACUGGAGAAAAUCCUUUCAAAUGUGAUGAAUGUGGCACGGUCCUCAGUAAUUCUUCAAGCCUUGCAUAUCAUCGGAGAGUUCAUACUGGAGAGAAACCUUACAAGUGUAAUGAAUGUGGCAGAGUCUUCACUCAAAAUUCACAUCUUGCAAAGCAUCAGAGAAUUCAUACUGGAGAGAAAUCUUACAAGUGUAGUGAGUGUGGCAAAGCCUUUGGUGUGCGUUCAAGCCUAACUGCCCAUCAGGUAAUCCAUACUGGAGUGAAACCAUAUACAUGUCACAAGUGUGGCAAAUCCUUUCUUCAGCGUUCAUGCCUUGCUACCCAUCAGAUAAUCCAUACUGAACAGAAGCUUUACAAAUGUCAAGAAUGUGACAAGGUCUUUAGUUGCAAUUCACACUUUAGACAACAUCAGAGAAUUAAUACUUGAGAGAAAUCUUACAAAUGGAAUGACUGUGGCAAACUCCUCAUCAUGGGUUCAAGCAUUAAUCUGCAUCAGAAGGUCCAUACUGGACAAGAACCUCACAAAUGCAAUGAAUGCAGUAAGGCUUUUAUUAAACAUUCAUGUUUCUGGAGUCAUAAGAGGAUUUAUAGUGCAGAGAAUCCAGACAAAGGUAGUGAAUGUGGAAAGAACUUUAAUCAAAUGACGGAUGCAGAGGGCGAUAGUGGCAGCGGGAAGACUAGACAGGAUGUGCUGGAACCCACGUUCACUGCCGUGUUUGAAGACCCAGCUCAAAUGGGUCUCAUGUUACCUGGUUUUAAAAGUCAGCCUGGUUUCCGCAGACAGAGCGAGCGUCUCCUUCCUGCAUCCACACUGUCCCCUUAG